UUUGGUGUUUGAAUUAAAAUAUUAUUUAUUUAUUUUUUGCUGUAAUUGGGUUUCCCUUUUUUUUUUUUUACGUAAAUUAUCUUUUAAAUGACCGCAGUUUUUAACUUCCAAAAAGUAGUUUGCGUUUUAAAAGUAAAAUAGUUUGCUUAAAAGUAAGGCUUUGUUUGGCUUCUGCCUUUACUUUUUUAAAAGUGUUUUUUUAAGAAAAUGUUUUUUCAUUAGUUUUGAUUAUAAAUGCUUUUGAAAUCCUUAAAUAGUUUUUAAAAAUUAUUUAAAUACUCACAGAAACAGCUUUUUUAAUCUUAUAAAUUAUUUAAAGCUUAUCAAAAACUAUACCAAAUACAACAUAAAAAGUAAUUUGUCAUAACAAAAUUUUGAAGGAUUCAGUUGAAUUGCACUUGCAUACACCAAAAAACAGAGUCUCACAAGCCAUUUAAUAAUGAGACACUCUUUAUAGGUUUUAUUUUAACAUUGCAAAAUAUUAGAGUAUUGAAUUUAUAUGCCAGUGAUAGUUUUCAAAUUCUCUUGUAUUGUAUAUUUUUGUUGUCCUGUCAUAUUCCGAUGUCGCUUUCAGGAUGAGUGACGUCACAGGUCGUUAUGGGCUUUCUGUUGCUUGUCCCUUACGAUUGUUUAUUUUUGUGGUUGAAUGGGUGUCAAAUCAUGCCACAGUUAGUAAUUUGUUUGCAAGUCCAAGAAAAAUCAACAGGUGAUGAGCCACUGUGAUUGGUCCCUGAUUAGGCAUAUUCAGGCCCCUUCAUAAUUUAAAUAAUAUUAUAAAUAUUUCAUUAGAUUUUCUUUUUCUUUUAAAGUAUCUUCUUUUUUUUUUUUGAUACAGGAGACCUCCAAAAAGGAGGAUUACGGAACAAGGCCACUGCUAAGCCAUAUCAGUGGCCACAAUAUCAAGUAACUCCCUUGGAAGGGAACCAAGACAACAAGAAUUCAAAUCAAACAUAACAUUAUCAUACAAAGCUACCUUAGCAGUAUAAUCAGCAAGGGAAUUGGAAUCUCUAGGACUCCAGGACAUCUUCCAGUCAAAUCUUGCAAACAAAGGUUUAAGUUGAAGGAAAUAGUAUCUGGUGUCCCAGGCAGACGGAUCUUCAAGGUUUGAAAUUCCAUUAGCCACCAUGACAGAGUCAGUGGACCAUAGCAAUCUCUCCCACGGGGAAUUUGGCCCAAUACCCCCAUAGGACCGAGCUUCAUGAAUUUUGCCCCUUCAAUUCAUUUCUUUUUUGAUCUACCCCUUAAUAUCCCUUAUAACGUUCGAACAAAAAACAAUUACUUACAUAUCCUCUUAUUUUUAAAACCAAACAAAAAUUAACUUUUCCUUUUCUAAACGUCUUUACACUUUCAUACAAAUACAAAAAUACAAAAAAAGCAAACAAACGGCUUUACACGAACACACAAAUACAAACAACCAAACCGAAGCUGUCGUGGAAAAGCCAAACAUUAGGAUCUCAUCUCAGCACAGGGAAUAAGGUUGUACUUUAUAAUGGCACCAAAGAGGAACUUACGACGUCAACCGAAGAAGGGAGUUAAGAAGGUGGAAAGUAAGAGACGCGGUGGUAGCACAGUAGCAGCACCCGACUCUAAGCGUCAACGUACUACUAGGCAGAAAUCCAAAUCUGAGACGGAAAGCACCAAACUUCGAGGGCACGUUCCACUUUCCUUUCCCCCAUCUGAUAUGCCCAUCGAUGCUCCAAAGGAACGGAUGUUGCAGGAUGCCGAUAUAAAUAAAGUUAGGGCACAUUCAUUCGGGAAUCCAAUAGGGGCGAACAAAGUAAUUACAAGUGUCCUCACAAGUGAGCAGCUCGAAAAGUAUAGACAAACAUGUUUUGGACACUUACUUGACAUGAAGAACCUCUGGUUCUCUGGUCAGUUAGUGCAUCACCUGCUUUGCAGACAAGUUGUGUCCAACAAUCCAGAAGUACUGGAGUUUAACUUCGGCGGAUCUGCAGUGCGGUUUACGAAGUGGGAAUUCGCACUCAUUAGUGGGUUAAAGUUUUGUAGGUACCCUUCGAUGUAUGAUAUGCAAAUUUCCAAAGGAAAUGAGCUGCGCACGAGGUUGCUAGAUGACAGGAGUGACUUGAAACCGCCCGAACUGGAAUGACUAUUCAAGGAUACACUUUUUGUGGAUGAUUGGGAUGCUGUUAGAAUUGCGUUACUAUAUUUCUUAGUUCAUGGUGUACUCGGAAUGGAUC